GUCCGCCAUAUCGUGGAAUUCACGAUUUAGUCGAGCCCCUGAACACGAUGCGUAUGGUUUUGGAGCUACAUUCAUUUUCAUUCUUCUCCCAGGCAAUAUAUUGGUGUUGUUUUAGGAAUCCCAAGACACUGCCUUCGUGAAGUGGUAUAAAUCCCGGUGAACUAACGUCUGAGUGCCCAGAAAUAUGCCGCGGGAAAAGAAGAUCUCUCGGAGAGCAGCUGCCGUCGCAGCCGCUCUGGUUGUUGGUGGUGAAGAUGACGAGACUGCCAGUGUCAGCAGUGAUCAAACGGACUCCACGGCUCAGCUCACGGAUGAUGAAGGAGUGUCGGAACUUGAGGCAUAUGAACAGAAGGUACGUGAAGCCAUGGAUCUCGCCCUGGAGAAGUCUGUACACACCCGCACCAACGCCCUGACAUCCCUCACCACUGCAUUUCAGAAGAGGGUGUUGACACCAUUCCUACUAGACCAUCAUCAGACUAUAUGUGACUUGGUAGAGCGAUCACUGAGAAAAGGGAGAGGACCAGAACAGGUUGCGGCUGCAAGGCUGGCAUCCCUCCUCGUCCUCAGUCUGUCACAAGUACCUGAGGCAGAACAGGUGUACAAGACCCUGCAGCCUGUGUUGACCGUGGCUCUGACUGACCCAUCUGGCCCACUUGCUGGGCGGCAAGAAUGUGCAUUCACUCUGGCUUUGUCUGCAUUCUUGGCUUGUCAUGACUUGGCUGAUGUCACCUCUGCCAUGAAUACACUCCACUCAGUAUUUGGUGGCUCUUUACCCAAGGGUAAUGGGGAGCUGCCCAACCAUCCACCUGCAGUAACAGCACUUCACACGGCAGCUCUCAAUGGCUUCUGUCUCCUGCUGUGUCUCUUAUCCCCCACCUCCGUCUACUCUAUGGCCAACAAGUUGUUGCGUGAGAUGUUUGAUCUUCUGGGCUGCAGUGAUGUAGAUCUUCGAAUCCAAGCUGGGGAAGCUGUGGCUCUGCUGUAUGAAGCUGCCCGAAGUCAUAAUGAUGAUUAUUAUUGGAACCGUGGAGGAGAACUCUGCUCUGUCUUGAAAGAUCUAGCAACAGAUUCACACAAGUUUAGAGCCAAAAAGGACCGCAAACAACAGCGAGCUUCAUUUCGAGAUGUUGUACGCACUGUGGAGGAAGAGGAGGUACCAUGUGAGACAGUGUCUCUGGGGCCACAGCACCAGAGACAGGAACUACUGUUAGAUACUUGGUCACUCAAGUUGCAGUACUCUUCCUUGUGUCGUGCUCUGGCUCAAGGACUUAGCAUUCACUUUACUUUUAAUAUCGGGGUUCGUGAUAUGUUCAACUUGGGCCCUCCACCGCUGCAGCUAGACCGCAACAUGGCAGCUCUGGCUCGACGUAACCAGAAGAAACCUAACCACGAGUCCCCGGCCAGCAAGGCUCGCCAGAUGGCCCGCAACAAGAACCGUGACAAUAGAGCUGCUGCUAAGACUUAUGAUGAUUGAUCCUAAUUCAUUUAAGAAUUUGGUUUCUUCCCAAGACCUGCCGCCAUUAACAAGACUGUACCAUUACGAUAUCUCCAUCAUUUCAUACUGCAGCAUAUUAAAUAUUCCUGGAAAAAGCUUUUAUUUAAUGUAAUGAGUAAUAAUAUCUCAUACUUUUAAAAUAUUUAAAAGACAAAGUUAAUUUAUAAAUCAAUAAAGCUAUGGCUUCACAGUACAUAAAUUUGUUCAAUUGUAGAUAAAAUUUGUAUAGAAGAUGUUUACCUGAUUUUUCUAAGUAUUAAAUACUUUCUUAUGGGGAAAAGAGAAUAGCUGCAAAGAGGUUUAAUUUUUACCCUUACACCGUGAUAGUUGAUCCUGCAGCCCUGUGUUAAUAUAUUUUUAAUCUUAUGGUAACUAACUAAGCUUUUUGAAUUUUGUUUUAUCUAUAUAUAAAAAGAAACUUUACAUUAAUGUAGUUUUGCUUAAACUUCAAUGUUGGUCCAUUUUAAGACAUUUGUUUACAUGGGUCUCCUGACAUGUCUUUGGUCCCUUGGUGAUAUAUUUACUACUGUUUAUUUGUAUAAUAAAUUGUGUGUGUAA